AUGCUUGUCGCUUCUCGCUUUCAGUUACCGCCCCUGGCUAGUAGAAAUGCGAAAAGGGGAGCCGAGUGCGUAAGUCCUCCCCUGCCAGUAUAUAGCCUCUCCAUCAGCAACUUCCAUGUAGUGCCUCCUCGUGGCGACACAUGGCAACCGAGCACCUUGCAGACUCGGGAUACACUGGAGGGGACGGGGGAGGAGUUGGCCCCCUUAACAUGCGCCUGCAGGCCCACCGAGGAAAAAUAUUUUAUUUUCUUUCCGGCAAUCCUUACACUUCCAAAAAUCACUUUUUUCUUCUUCCUUCAAAUUUGCGUUCUUUUGCGAUGUCUUCAAUAUCAUAUUUUCCACUUCAAUAUCUUCCACUUCUACUUCUUUAAUGCUUUCUUCUUCUUCUUUUUUUCUUCUUCUUCUUUAAUGUCUUCUUCUACUUUAAUGUCUUCUUCAAUAUCUUCUUCUUCUUCUUCUUCUUCUUCUUCUUCUUCUUCUUCUUCUUCAAUGUUUUCUUCUCCUGCAAUGUACUCCUUCGAUAUAUUCCUCCUCUUCUUUAUUGUCGUCAUCGUCUUCUUCUUCAUCAAUCUCUUCUUCUUCUUCUUCUUCUUCUUCUUCUUCUUCUUCUUCUAUGUCUUCUUUUGCAGUUUCUUCUUCAAUAUCUUCCUCUACUUCUUCGUCGAUUCAUUCUUCUUCAUGAAUGUUUGCUUCUUCUUCUUAUUCGUUGUUUUCUUUUUCUUCUUUUUCAAAGCCGUCGUCAUCUUCUUCUUCAAUGUUUUCUUCGUCUUCGAUAUUUUCCUCUUCUUCUUCCAUGCCCUCCUCAUCUUCUUACUCUUCAUCAAUGUCUUCUUCUUCUUCUUCUUCUUCUUCUUCUUCUUCUUCUUCUUCUAUGUUUUACUCUUCUUGUCCUUCAAUGACGUCGUCGUCGUCGUCGUCUUCUUCAUCAAUGUCUUCUUCUCCAAAGUCAUCAAGGUUAACCCUUACCAUUUUUUGUGUUAUUCCUUUUUAUUUCUUCAUCUUUCCUUCUUUCUUUUCAUUGCCUCGUACUUUUCUUUUCUUCAGUUAAUACUGUUUUCUUUUUCAUUCUCAUUUUCUUUCAAAUUCUUCUUCUUUCUCUUCUUCUUCUUCCUUUUCUUUUUCUUCAUCUCCUUCUCCUUUUGCCUUCACUUCUUCUUACUCCUUUUCUUUUUCUUUAUCUUCUUCUAUAUAACUACUUCUUUGUCUUCUUCAUAUUACUCUUCUUCUUCUUCUUCUUCCUCUUCUUCUUCUACUUCUUCUUCCGCUUUAUCUUCUUGCUCCUCCUUUCUUCUUCUUCUUCUUCUUCUUCUUCUUCUUCUUCUUCUUCUUCUUCUUCUUCUGCUUUAUCUUCUUCCCCCUCCUCUUCUUUCUUUUUUCUUCUUAUUGUUCUUCUAUAUUAUCAAUUCUUCUUCUUCUUCUUCUUUUUCUUCUUCUUCCCGUUUACAGUUGCUUAUCUAUUGCCUUCAUUUUUUUUUUAUCUUUCUAUCAAUACUCUUUUGUCUUCACAUUAUCUGUUCCCUUCUCAAUCUUGAACGGAAAGACAUUCUUCUUCUUUUUCUUCUUCUUCUUACUCCUCUUUUUUCUUUUUUCUUCUUAUUGUUCUUCUAUAUUAUCAAUUCUUCUUCUUCUUCUUCUUCUUCUUCUUCCCGUUUACAGUUGCGUAUCUAUUGCCUUCAUUUUUUUUUAUCUUUCUAUCAAUACUCUUUUGUCUUCACAUUAUCUGUUCCCUUCUCAAUCUUGAACGGAAAGACAUUCUUCUUCUUCUUCUUCUAUGAGCUUUUUUCCUUCUUUGAUGAUCAUGGCUCUCCAUUAUUUCCUAUUUUAUUUUCCUUCGCUCUUUCUUUCAGUUUACUCUUAAUUUUCUUCUUUCUUUCAGAGCUCCCUUUUUUACCUCCAAUUUUACGUGCAUAUUUUUCUUUCUUUCCUUCUUGCUUUUCUUUUAGCUUAUUAAUUCUUUCCUUCUUACUAAUUUCUUUUCUUCCUGAUUUUACUUUACUCUUUCUGUCCUUGCUAGUUUUCUUCUUUUCUGUUAGUCUUAUUCUCAAUCUGUCCUUUGUUUCCUUCUUGCUUUCCUUCCAAUCUUUCUAUAUCGUUUGCUUUACCUUUCUUUCUUUCUUUCUUUCUUUCUUUCUUUCUUUCUUUCUUUCUUCAAAAUCCUCUGUCUUUCAUUUCAUUCACUUGUUCGUGCCAGCUUUCUUCAUCUUGAUUUCAGGCCCGAUCCAACGCUUUGAUUCCUGCACGUUAUCCCAAGAUUUUCUUAUUUUUCAUUGUCUUCUUUCGCAUUCUGACGUGAAAUCCACUCGCUGUACUAAACACAUCAACGCGAAACAAGCGCCAUCUUUUGGCAUAUAUAUCACAAUUAAUAAUUCUAUCUAUCUAUCUAUCUAUCUAUCUAUCUAUCUAUCUAUCUAUCUUCCAGUUUCUUUCUUUAUUUCUUCCUUUCUUUCCGCAACAGUUCUUUUAUCUAUCUAUCUAUCUAUCUAUCUAUCUAUCUAUCUAUCUAUCUAUCUAUCUAUCGAUUUGCAACAGUUUCCUCUUUCUUUUCUUUUUCCUUUUUCCUUAUUUCCUGCUUUCUUUCUUUCUUACUUUCUUAUUUCUUUCUUUCUUUCUGCAAUAGUUUCUUUUUAUCUGUCUGCAACAGUUUCUAUCUAUCUAUCUAUCUAUCUAUCUAUCUAUCUAUCUAUCUAUCUAUCUAUCUAUCUGAUCCUUUUCAUAUCUAUCUAUCUAUCUAUCUAUCUAUCUAUCUAUCUAUCUAUCUAUCUAUUUGCAACAAUUUCCUCUUUCUUUUCUUUUUUCCUUUUUUCUUCUUUCUUUCUAUCUAUCUAUCUAUUUUUUUCAUAUCUAUCUAUCUAUCUAUCUAUCUAUCUAUCUAUCUAUCUAUCUAUCUAUCAGUUUCUUUAUUUAUUUAUUAUUUCUGCAACAUUUUUUUAUCUAUCUAUCUAUCUAUUUGCAACAGUUUCCUCUUUCUUUUCUUUUUCCUUUUUCCUUAUUUCCUGCUUUCUUUCUUUCUUUCUUUCUUUCUUUCUUUCUUUCUUUCUUAUUUCUUUCUUUCUUUCUGAAAUAGUUUCUUUUUAUCUGUCUGCAACAGUUUCUAUCUAUCUAUCUAUCUAUCUAUCUAUCUAUCUAUCUGAUACUUUUCCUGUCAAUCUAUCUAUCUAUAUAUCUAUCUAUCUGAGCAUUUUCAUAUCUCUCAUGAUAUCUGAGCAUUUUCAAAUCUAUCUCUCUAUCUAUCUGAGCCUUUUCAUAUCUAUCUAUCUAUCUAUCUAUCUAUCUAUCUAUCUAUCUAUCUAUCUAUCUAUCUAUCUAUCUAUCUAUCUAUCUAUCUAUCUAUCUAAUUCUCUUUAUAUCUGUCUCCGUCAACCUGACCCUCCCCCUCUCUCAAUGUAUCUGAUAUGUAUAUUUGUAAUGAAAUGUUAUCGGCACGAUUAA